CGGAGAAGUCAGCAUCAGUUUCAAAGUGAAGGCUGGAGUGGUAGGAAGUGCCGGUACACUAUGGAGGAGAAAAAGCCGCAGAUCCGCGUCUGGUGUGACGGAUGUUACGACAUGGUUCAUUUCGGCCACGCAAAUUCUCUUCGACAGGCAAAAGCCCUGGGGGAUUACUUAAUAGUGGGUGUGCACACCGAUGAAGAGAUAACUAAGCACAAGGGACCGCCGGUCUUCACGGAAGAGGAAAGGUAUAAAAUGGUUAGAGGCAUAAAAUGGGUGGACGAAGUUGUGGAAGGGGCACCAUACGUGACAACACUUGAGACACUCGAUCAGUACAACUGUGACUUCUGUGUCCAUGGAGAUGAUAUAACAAUGACAGCUGAUGGAAUUGACACAUAUCAUCUGGUGAAAGCAGCUGGAAGAUAUAAGGAAGUCCAACGCACUGCGGGAGUGUCAACAACCGAUCUCGUUGGUCGUAUGUUAUUAUUGACAAGGCAACAUUUCCAGCAGGGAGCUCGAGAAUAUGAAGUGGGCCGAGAAGGUCCAAGCAAUAUGGGUCAAGAUUCUUCAGCUCGUUCACCAUGGACUGGCUGUUCACAGUUUCUUCCAACAACGCAAAAAAUAAUACAGUUCAGUGAUGGUAAACCACCAAAGCCAAAUGACAAAAUAGUUUACGUGGCUGGUGCUUUCGAUUUGUUCCAUGUUGGGCACUUAGAUUUCCUUGAACAAGCAAGGAAACAGGGUGACUAUUUGAUUGUGGGACUGCAUACAGAUCCAGUAGUGAACAAGUAUAGAGGAGGCAACUAUCCAAUCAUGAACUUGCAUGAGAGAGUGCUCAGUGUUCUUGCGUGUAAGUAUGUAUCAGAAGUUGUUAUUGGUGCGCCACUGGUUGUAACUAAAGAGCUCAUGGAUCACUUCAAGGUUGACAUUGUCUGCCAUGGGCAAACUCCUAUACAAACGGGAGGCUUUGAUGAUCCUUAUGCUGAACCUAAACGACAAGGAAAAUUCAAAUUACUGGACUCUGGAAAUACAAUGACAACAGAGAAAAUUGUUGAAAGGAUCAUUUUACAUAGGUUAGAAUUUGAAGCCAGAAAUAUGCGUAAGGAAAAGAAGGAAAUAGCUGCAUAUGAAGCUUACACCAAAGCCAAGAAGGAAGGGAAAGUAAGAUGCUGUUUCCUACAGGAAUGCAGCAGUGCCAGAAGGCUGUAGCAAAAUGCAGGAAGACUUAGGGAAGAUUGAUGUUGGAUACAGGGACUGGCAGUUGACCUUGAAUGUAAACAGAUGUAUCAAUUAUGUGUAAAUAGGUGAAAAAAUCCAGUACUGUUCUAUUAUGCUAUUUUUGUAAACAGUAACAACAGUAAAAUACUUGUCAUCAGUUGGGGUCUCUUACCAGGUUAGGUUUCUAGAAGAAGUUAAGAUGGGAUUAUUUAGCCAGCACAAGAUGCAGAGGUGCAGAAUAAACUCCAGUGGCAGUAGCUAAAAGAGAGGUGUUGUCUGUCAUGGACAGUGUUAUUGUUGAAUUUCUGGGAUCAUUGUUACAAGAGGAGACAGACAAGAUACUGUGUUCACCUACAGACAUAUUGAGAGAUGGCAAAAAAAAAAAAACCAAAAUUAUCAAAGCUUAUAGACAGUUGUUUCUCCCAUUCAUCAUCUGCGAAUGGAACAGAGGAGGGUACCCAUUGCCACACACUGCAAAGUGGCUUGUGGAAUGUAGGUGUAGGUAUUCAUGCAACUGGUGGAUAAAGCAACAUUCUGAAAUAAAUGAUGUGUCUCUCAUGUACAGUAAUUGGAAGUUUCCCUUGCAUACAACAUUACAAAAUGUAAAGUUGAUCAUUUAGCUGCAUGCUGCAAUUUCUAGUGCCUUCAGUACGGUGUUUAUAGUACAUUGAUAUGACCAUGAAUCAAGGGUGUCUGCCCUAAUUUGAAGAUGCAAAUGUACCAUCCCUCUAUCAUACCCACUAUUAUGUCUGUUUCAGAUCUGGAGCUUAUUACAACAUAUUCUGUUUGUGAUGCAUCUGCAUGUAGUACUGAAGUGGAACUUUAACAAGAUUAACACUAUAUUUAUUUAGUGACGUUACAGUUUUAUGUCUUUUUUUCCUGUUUCUAUCAAUUUAUCGUGGUACAAUAAGUAGUUCCUGAAUUCCUUACAAAUAGUGACAAAUGUGGAAAUCACCUGGGAUGUGACAAUGAUAUAUAUGUUACUGACUUCACCCACUGCCAAUGUACAUGUUUGUGAAAGCAUAAGGAUUUAGAAACAGGAGAAAGAAGUUUAAACGGAAGGUAUGUGGGUGUAGUCGUUUAUUUAAGAGUGUUUGGUGAAAACUGCAGGUGAUUUAGAGUUAUCAAUCACAAGAUAUUCCAGUUUUAAUGAAGUACUGAAUCAGAAUUUGUAUUAGUGUGUGGGGGCCAGUGGCAUCCAUUGCUGCAAGUUGGGACAACAGUGCCAAAGGACAUCACCUCAUCAUUACUGUGUUUAGAGCCUGUCGGCGAAGUUUUUGAGAAGCUGGCAUAAGAACAUGAAGGGCACAAACAGCUAGAUGCAAUGUGCAAAGGCAUACACCCCCUGCCAACAAGCAGAUGGAUAAGUCCAAGGAAUGGAAUAUCAAGGAUAGAAAAACAUUCCAUCCAAAAAGCAUAUUUUGUAAGAACAAGAAUGAAGGGAGAAUUAUUGCAGAUUGUGUUCCAAAAGAGCUUCCACUGGAGGAUGUGUUGUAGGAUACUACAUGUAAACUGGUAACUAUUAAUAAAGUGACUUGUCUAAUGUUACCAAAGCCCAAAAAGUUAGAAGUGGGAGAUUGCGUCUUGGCUUGGCUGAGGCUGGACCUAUGUCAGAUGAUAGACCACUUCAGUUACAUCAUAGACUUUGUAUUUGUACAUAUAAUGUUUACUAAGUAUGAAUACAUAGAGUGGCAUAGACAGUGCUUUCACUUGCUGCAUCAAAGUAUGUUUUUGCUUGUGACAAUAUCUACAGACUUAGAUGGAGACUGGUUAAAGAACAAAGAUUAUGUCGCAUCAUACACCAUCAUUCAACCAAAUGUCUGUAAGUUGGACAACGUUGAUCGUAUGGCUCAGUGUGUUACAGAGUGUCAUUGAUGCCCGUCUGAUCGCAGUCAUAUUUUGUGGCUUGGAAAAAUCGUGUGACUUGCUGCUGGUGGUUCCUAAACUGUCUUGCUGGUUUGUGUCUGAGUCCCAUGUGGCCCAGCAACAAAGUGAUUGUAAAAAUGGUACUUGCGAGUAGUUACUUUGGUAGGAUGGAAUUGUCUUGUCAAUAGGAAUUAGUUUCAGUCUGCAAGCUCCUCGAGUUGUUGGGGAACUGUUGGCUGGAGCAAUGGAGCUUAGAAACUGAAGCCAGAAUAGGUUAUUCAAUCCUAAACUAUGAAUGUAGAUGGUGGUGGUAGUGGUGAUGAUGAUGUGAGUGCUGUGGUUGACUUACAUAAAUAUUGUAACACUGUACAAUGACUGAACUGGAAGACGAAGGGUCUUAAUAAUAUAUUUAAUUUCACCAUA